AGAGGGCCGCACGUGCGUACGUAGCAGACGCAAGCAGCGCUACAGAAAUGGCGGCUGACGAUGGCAUUUCUUCGCUGCAGCUCCCCUGCGUUUUUUCUCCCAAAUCACGACAGUACUUAGCUGUGUGCGCCCAGGAUGGCAGACUCCGCAUCUGGAACACGGACAGUAAAACACUUCAUCAAGAAUAUGUGCCUUCAGCUCAUCUGAGUGCCACCUGUACGUGUAUAUCCUGGGGACCAUGCCGAACAGCGAAGGAGGGGCCUCAGAGGAAGAAGAGGAAAUCAGAGGCAGCRCAGGUGGAGGGAAAGGCGGACCUGUUGGCGAUGGGCACAGCAGCUGGUACUGUCCUCAUCUACAGUACAGUGAAAGGAGCUCUACACUGUACCCUGGAUGGGGGUCAUAGUGGAGGAGUGAAUUGUGUCCACUGGCAUCCUGAAGACAGCUUAUUAUACAGCGGCUCAGAUGAUACAAACAUUGURGAGUGGGACCUGCAGACAGGCAAAACACGGAGUAAAUGGAAAGCGGAUCGUGCAGCAGUGACCAGUGUGUGUGUGAGUCCUGAUGGUAAACUGCUGCUUUCAGCUGGAAAAAUAAUCAAGAUGUGGGACUUGGAUACCAAGGAGGUUUACAGGAAAUUCACAGGCCAUUCAACAGCUGUGACGACCCUCUGCUUUGCCACCACGCGACCUCCUGACAGCAAUGGCCUCUAUUUCCUCUCUGGAGCUGCACACGAUCGACUCCUCAGUGUKUGGCAAGUUCGAGAGGAUGGAAAGGACAAAAACUCUGUAGUUUCCUUCACGCUGACAGAUGAGCCACAACACAUCGACCUGGUCACAUCCAGCAGCAAGGAAGAGGCGGUGAGGCUGGCGGUGGUGUGUAAAGAUGGACAGUUACAUCUGUUUGAGCACUUUUUAAACGGGCCGUGUAAGAAGCCCUUGUCACCCUCGUGUACGGUGCAGAUGUCCAACACAAAGGAGUCCCCGAUGCCGAUCCCACUGCUGGCAGCUGCGCUCGAAGCCGAAACUCGCUCUGUGAUGCUCGCUUAUGGCAACCAUCUACAGCCGGUGAUGGAGAGAGUGGAAGUCAACACAGCAGAGAGACACGUUUGCUUGACCCGAGACAUAAAGACCAGCUUGUCCGUCUCGAUGGAAACCACAGUCUCCAAGGUGAAAACUCCAAUCAUCGGUGCCAACAGCAAAGUUUUGGUUCCAGGACUUCCUGGGCACCAAGCUCCAGUGAAGAGUGGCUCACAAGGAAAAGGAGUGGAAAAGAGGAAAAAAGAUACAAACACCAAAGAGAUGUCCAUAGCCGAGCGACUUGGUGAAAUGGAUUUGACUUCUGUUUCCAGUCAGAAAGAAGCUGCUAAAGUAGAGGCCUCAUUACAGACGGACAACUUUGCAGUUCUGCUGGUGCAGGGUCUGGAGAGUAACGACGCAGAAAUCCUAAAUAAAGUUUUACAAACUCGUAAAGAAAUUUUAAUAAAAACGACGGUUGCUCGAUUGCCUCUCCCUUCUGUUUUGCCAUUAGUCGAAGAGCUCACAAAGAGGCUCCAAGGGCAUCCUGUUGCAGCAUUUCAAAUGUUGAAGUGGCUGAAGGCCAUCCUCAUGCACCACACAUCAUACCUGGCAUCGCUGCCUGACCUGGUUACCCAGCUGGGAGUCCUUUAUCACAUGAUCGAGAGCCGGGUGAAGAUGUUCCACAAACUGACAAAGCUGCACGGGAAACUCCAUCUCAUAAUGACACAGGUGGCGACAAGUGACAGCAGCAACGUGCUCUCUGAUGUUGACCACACAGCUAAACUGGUGUAUGAAGAGGAAUCAUCUGACGAAGAUGAGGCCUCUGGUGAUGAAGCUCUUCCUGAUGAUGAGUCUGAUCAUUGGGAGGAGGAGGAGGAGAUGGAGGAUAAAGACGAAGAUGGGGAUCCAGACAGAACGGAACCCAAAGCAAAUGGAGACGAAGACAUGGAACAUGAAAAUGAGAGUGAAGAAGAAUGAGAACAAGGCGAUGUCAGUUAUACAUAAAAAAAUGGACCUUGAAAGAGUUAUAUAUACUUUCAUUUUAUUUUCAGACUUUUGAUUUUAUUAUCAGCUUUUACAAGUCAAGUCAAGGGACACAUUUGAAGCAAAGCUUGGUGAGGCUCCUGCCUCAAGAUAUCAAACGUGGUCUUCUCAUCUGAGCAACAUCCUGCAAAAAUAAAAUCUGUGCAAGUUUUCGGUCUUUUAGUCCAACAUGCAUUCCAGUUCCACAUCCUGACCAGUCUGUGUAAUAAAAAAAAAAAACAGUCCAACAUCUUAUUUGUUCUGUUUGGCCACACGUUUUCUGCAUUCCAAAUUUUGUGUCAUGGUGUAAUUACAUAGACUUGUAGCAGAUUGUUUGUCCAGCUUCAUGUUAGUGACUGAUUGGUUUAUUCUGGUUAAACUCUGUGGGCCAUCGGGAGCAGUGGAUGCAGACUCGGUACUGGUGUGGAGUUGGGAUGGAGACUCGAACCCUGGAUGUUUGUUUUACUGAAGACCAGAGAUCUUCCCACAUCAUGUAAAUCUGUAUGUACAGUGAAGUGUUUGUAUGAGCUCUUCCCUCUACAGAAAAAUUUGGAAUUAAAAAAAAUUCCUGUGAAGUCUCA